CGGAUUCAUGCUUAUUGCAAAUCAGUUCAAAGGUUCGAGCUGUGGCAGUGCAACAGCACCUCGAGUUGAAUUAAUUUGAUAAAAUAUUCUUCCAUUAAUUUGAGAUUGCCUGAGAACCUUUGAAGCUCGAAACAAUGGCGUUUUCUUCUUGGUUUUCUCGCUUCCGUUCCUCCUCCAGUUCUUGUUACCAUUUCUUUUGCCGCGGUGCUUCGUUGCGGAAUCUCGGUGCUCAAACACCCGCCAUUUCCAAGGCUUCUACCUCUCAGAACGGUGGGCGCCGAUUCUUGUUCUGGUCGAGCUCCGUGGUUCCUUUUGCUCUUGCUUCUGGUUCGCUAGCGUUUCAAUUUCAGUUCCAGUCCAAUCCGUCGCUCUGUGACGAUUCUGAUAUUCACGACCGAAAUAUCAGCAUCGGGGGCAAAGGUAGCACCAAGUAUGUUGUCCAAGGCUCGCACAAUGACAUUUCUCAAGCGUUUAUUAAAGAGUUAGGACAAAUUUGUAAAGAUAACAUGACAUUAGAUUAUGAUGAGAGGUACUUCCAUGGGAAACCACAAAAUAGCUUUCACGCUGCUGUUAAUAUCCCCGACGUGGUUGUGUUUCCGAGGUCUGAAGUGGAAGUUUCUGAAAUAGUAAAAUUAUGUGACCAAUAUAAGGUACCAAUUGUGCCGUAUGGGGGAGCUACAUCUAUAGAAGGUCACACAUUGGCACCUAAUGGAGGCCUUUGCAUUGAUAUGUCUUUAAUGAAUAAAGUUAAAGCAUUACAUGUUGAAGAUAUGGAUGUAAUUGUAGAGCCUGGAAUUGGAUGGAUGGAGCUUAAUGAAUACCUAGAGCCUUAUGGUCUAUUCUUUCCUCUUGAUCCAGGCCCUGGGGCAACAAUUGGGGGUAUGUGUGCCACACGAUGCUCUGGUUCACUGGCUGUGAGGUAUUGUCUUACUUCUGUUUCUCAAGAUAAAGAAGCCACCUUGCUGAUGUUGGAUAUGUUGCAGGCAGUACUUGCCAAUGGUGAUAUUGUCAAGACAGCAUCUCGUGCUCGAAAAAGUGCUGCAGGGUAUGAUUUGACCCGUCUGAUGAUUGGAAGUGAAGGAACUCUUGGCGUAAUAACUGAGAUCACUCUUAGACUUCAGAAGCUUCCAAAGUAUUCUGUGGUUGCAAUGUGUAAUUUCCCUUCUGUUAAAGAUGCAGCAGAUGUUGCAAUUGCAACAAUGUUGUCUGGUAUACAGGUGUCAAGAAUGGAGUUGCUUGACGAGGUUCAAAUCAGGGCUAUCAAUAAUGCUAACGGAAAGAAUUUGCCUGAAGCUCCCACACUAAUGUUUGAAUUCAUAGGCACAGAGGCAUAUUCACGUGAGCAAACACAGAUUGUUCAGAACAUAGUUUCUGAACACAAUGGCUCAGAUUUUGUCUUUGCUGAAGAUCCAGAAGCCAAAAAAGAACUUUGGAAGAUAAGGAAAGAGGCGCUAUGGGCAUGCUUUGCGUUAGUACCCAAUUUUGAAGCAAUGAUCACGGAUGUAUGUGUUCCGUUAUCUCACCUUGCAGAAUUGAUAUCAAGUUCUAAACAAGAGCUGGAUGCAUCAUCACUAGUUUGCACGGUCAUUGCCCAUGCUGGUGACGGGAACUUCCACACGGUCAUUCUGUUUGAUCCAAACAAGGAAGAACAACGGAAAGAAGCUGAGCGACUCAAUCAUUUAAUGGUUUAUAAAGCAUUGUCAAUGGAAGGAACAUGCACCGGUGAACAUGGGGUUGGAACGGGGAAAAUGAAGUACCUGGAAAAAGAACUUGGUGUGGAGGCAUUGAGGACGAUGAAACGAAUAAAGGCAGCGUUGGAUCCAAACAAUAUUAUGAAUCCAGGAAAGCUCAUCCCUCCCCAUAUUUGUUUCUGAACAGUUCCAUUCUGUGUUUAUUAAGCCAACUCUUUAAGCUUUUAGAUAAAGACUUAAAAUUGAAAUGAUUUUCCAUACAUUUUUUUUCCUUUUGUCCCUAUAUAGAUGUUUUUAACGUUAUAGUGCGAGACAGAAUUUUAUGUAUAAUUUUGAUUGAGAACAUUUGUGAUAGGUAGCCUUUCUCUUACUGG